AUGUCGUCUGCUUCUACAGAAAAUCGUAGCCUAUGGAAAGAGAUCUUAAUAUCAACAAGGAGCUUAUUCAAAGCUAAUUUCGGCCAUUUCCAUGUCCUUUCAAUUCUCUUCCUCUUACCUAUCUCUUUCUCUCUCGUCGUUUAUCCUUCUUUCCACCUUUCCCUCUUUCAUCCCGAUUAUGAUUUCAUCACUCAACCUGAACUUUCCAACUUCUUCGAUUCCAGUUUCGAAAUUAUUGUACCAGUAGCGUACACUCUGUUUCUUGUCCUCCUUUUCCUCUGUGCUGUAGCCACAAUUACGUACAGCGCCGUUCAUGCAUCCUAUGAUAGGCCGAUCAACUUCAUUUCGUCUAUUAAAUCUAUCAGAAAUUCCUUCUCCCCCCUUCUCUCCACCUUUAUCGUUUCGCAAACCAUUUACACUUCAAUUGCUCUCAUUUUCGCCCUUUCCUUGGGUUUUAUAGUCCAAAUCCUUCAAUCUCUUGGGUUCCUUGAACUUAAAUACGACUCAAAUAACUUGUUGUUUUUGCUUAUCCCCGCAUUGAUUGUGCUCGUGCCAGCUCUGCUAUGGCUGCAGGUCAACUGGUCAUUAGCUUAUGUGAUAGCAGUAGUCGAAUCCAAAUGGGGUUUCGAAACACUAAGGAGAAGUUCCUAUUUGGUUAAAGGGAAGAGAUGUUUAGUUUUGUCGAGGGUCAUCUUCUUCGGGCUUGUAAUGGUUGGACUGAUAGGUGGCGGUUCCAUGUUUUUAGUCAUAGUAAGUGCAGCGAAAGGUCAACAAUGGAGGAGUGCGGGGGUAAUAUUGCAGACUGCGCAGUGUUCAGUGAUGGGAUAUUUGGGGAUGAGUCAAUUUCUUGUGGGGAAUGUUGUUUUGUAUAUGUAUUGCAAGGGCUUGAAUGGUGAAAAAUUGCCCUUGGAAAUCAGAGACAAGUUUGCCGGCGAGUAUGUAUCUCUGCUCUUGCAGGAGGAGAAAAAUCAUGCUAUUGUGUAA